UCUCCUCACAAUUUUGUCAUAUUAUUUCAAUAUUUGAGAUCGAUUAUAGUAUUAAUGGUUGUUGAGGAUUGGAAAUUUGCUUAGGCAGUGAACGCAGACGGUUCAUUGGAAAAGAUUUUAGCCUUUAUUUUUCCUGGUGUUUACCAUCUUAAAAUAACAAUUUUGUUAAGAGGAGAAGUCAAGUCCUUAAUGCUGGUUAUUGUUCUUAUACAUACUAUUGUGGCCAUUAACAUCCUUGCAGUUGCAGGAUGGUGUGCUUGUUUAAGCAUACCCCAAUAUUGAAAUCCGAAUGUUUGUUUGAGCUUUUGACAGGCUGAAUUGCUCUUUUGAACUUCUCUAAUACCUAUGAAGAUUUAGUUUCCUUAAAAGUUUAACCUCGUUGAGAGGAGAGCCCAAGCCUUUAUAUAUUGGUUAAUAUUUUAACCCAUGUGAGAUUUUAACCUUAACAGCUAAUGCCCACUACUAUAUAGUCCUCUUCAAUGAACAAGCCAUUAUUGCUUUUGCAAGGAAAUUGAUGUCGCAAUCACGUAAGAAUGAGAGAACACACACGCACCGAUCAUAGGUGCAGGUGAUACAGAUUGUUAUUUCAAUAAUUAUGAAUGGCUGCUGUUAUUGUUGAAAUCUGCUGUUUUCCUUUCUUUUAGCAUUGUUAUGUCUUUUUGUGUAACGCAACAUUUACCAGUUACGUCGUCAAGUAUAAGUGUCAUUCCACUAUGGCACAAGUCCUCGAUUACUCAAGUCAGAGAAUGUCAUUGGAAAUAUGAAGAGCUUAAUGGCUUUCAUAAUAGAGUUCUUACACCAGUUUACCUCUUUAUAUAGGGGACCUUAAAUUGCCUAUAUUUGUAUUUCCGGUUCGGCUAGUCGUGCUUAUGGAGGAUAGCAGCAUUGUUGAGAUUGUCAUGACUUGAAAACUGAAUCCUAGCUUUCGUAUCAUCUUCUCAAGUUCCCCCCAUUGGUGACAUGGCGACAGCAGUUGGUCUUGACUAACUGACAAGUGCUCUUUGGCUUGAGUUCUUAGCUUGGUCUUGUUUACACUCUUUGCUGCCAACAAUCGUUUUGGCAAGUGAAAAAGGAACGAAUGGUGACCUUUGGAAACUUAAAAAUAGGUCAUAUGUUCUCUAGAAUCCAAACACACUGUCGUCCUUCAUCUCAUUUGUUUUUCCACCAGAAAAAAAAUGAUACAAUUUUCAAAGAUAGUUCUGAGUAAAACCAUCAGCAUUGAGAUAUCAAAGUUUCUGGGGUUGUUUGCCAUUUGAAACCGCCCACAGGGCUGGGGUAAGUGUCAUCUUAAAGAGAUGUUCCAUGCAUGCAUUGAUUCCACAGUUUUCUGAUUUUCCCCACAUAAGUUGUAAACUAUCAUGUUGAAAUUCUUCUAUCUUUUUGUCAAAUCCUCUAGUUUCUUGCUGGCUUAAACUUGACUUGGAAUGAUAAGUGUAACUUAAAAAUGUCCGAGCUUUGGGUGUUUGUUCUUGUAAUUCAGGUUAACAGGCUUUUGUUGAGUUAAACACAGGCUGAGCUCAGGCAAUUUGAUUAAUACAUAACAAAAAAAUAUGUAUGGUUAAUAAGUCAAACUGAGCCCGACUCAAAUAAUUUUAAGUGCUUAACUUGAUGAUUUUCUAUUUUUUAUCCAAUUUUAGACAUUUUAGGCAGCUCAGCAUAUUAAAUAAUUUUCCAUUAUAUCAACUCUUCUGUAAUGUACUCACUAUAACUACUGUUAUCAUAUCUUAUUGCACUAUUUGUUUUCCAUGCCUCAAAUCAAUCUAAAAUGCUGGGGCCAAAUGUUGAUGUUAUUUUGUAGAAGUUUGAAAGUUUCAGUAUAGUUUAAAACAGUAGCCAUCAUGAUUUAUAUAACGCUGUUGUUUGGUCUUCACUUACGCGGGUAUUGUAACGAGCAUUCUAUUAGAUUUAUGAUAAUCGGUAAAGGGUCAAACUGUCUAUUUGAUGACAUGGAUUUUGAUGGUUGUAUUGUUCUCAACUGCAUCGAGUCGUUGGAGACAAUUGAGCCUGGCUUAUACAGAGUGGGAAGUGGUUAUCCAUUUAAUCGUCUAGGGAUGCAGUGUGAAACUGAAGGACUCCCGGGGCUCUAAUUUGCAGAAGGAAUUCCAGGAACUGCUGGUGGUGCUGCUUAUAUGAAUGCUGGAGCAAUCGGGCAGGAAACUGCUGAUACUAUUGAUUGCGUCGAGAUUUUCACAACUGAAGGAGAACAUGGGUCGCUGAAAAGGAGUGACCUCGACUUUGGCUACCGAUCAUCUCCAUUUCAAAAUAUGGAAGAUUUUGCAGCCAUCACUGCUGCAACAUUCCGACUAGAGUUCUCGGAAACAGCAAGAAGACAGAAGCAAGAAUACUUGAAAAGUUAACCUUUUUAGAAAUUCGUGUGCUGUCUAGGUAUCUUUAACUGCUAAUAUGGUUGUCGGGUUAAAUACACCGGCGUACAUUUAACAAAAUGUCACGUUGGUCACUCAACUUAGAUGAAUUAAAAUUUGGUCCGUCCA